AUGGACGCCAGCAGCUUCAGCCAACCUACCAGACCGAUCUUCAGUCUGGGCCAGCAUGAUUCGAACAGAGACCAGCCUCUGGACGACCUCCAGUACGGUCAGCUCAUCAAUGCUGGUAUCAGCUUCGUCACCACACCCAUCACCAACAAGCAUUUCCAUGCCCGCGUGAAGGAUCUCGUUUCUGCCCACCUGGCCAAGGCCAAGCAGGGAGCCGCUUCUCUGGCGGAUGCUGUCGUGCCUCCUCUGACGCCCAAGGAUACCUCGUUGUUCCCCAGUCAUGCCGUCACCACUUACAUCGCCUACGCCAGCCCUUGGAUUGACCUGGCCUCGAUUGACCCUGUCAUCGCCAGCGUUUCUCGACAGGUGUUGAACCUCGAGAUCGCCUACGCCAACUUCUGCGGAGUCCGAAGCAUCAUUAUCCCCGGUCUCAGAAGGGAUGCAUCCAAAAAUGGCGGCAACCAGGGUGUCUCUCAGUACGCCCGAGCUGUCCAGGAGGCUAUGACCAUUGCGAGCCGCUUGAACUUCAUCAUCCACAUGCCCAUGUACCGUGAGCCUGGCUUGGAAGAGACUGUCGAGCUGCUGUCUACGCUCUCCUCAGAGCCCCACGGCGACGACAACAAGAACAUCGACAUUUACAGUGCCUGGGACUCAUGGCACUCUGUUCGCAGCAUCUGCGAGUACAACAUGCGUCUUUUCGUUGCCGUCCGAGUUCCCAAAGUCCUACCCGAGAAAGAGCUUCAAAACAAGUGGUUCGCCGAGCCCCUUCACUUCUUGACCCUCGGCCCCAACGCCUUCCAGAAGAACAAGGGUGGACAUCCCGCAUUGCCUAAGGGCCACCAGGAGUUUAUCUACACCCUCAUGCGCCUCAAGAAUGCCCCUUGGCUUCUUCUCAGCGACGUCGGCCCGGACCCUGCCUCUCUCACAGCCGAGGCUCAGCUGCAAGCUGUCUCCCUGGCCAACCAGGUUCCCACAGCAGCCGACUUCCCUAGCUUGGACGAGGCGCACUCUGGACAGCAGCCUACCGACCAUGUGAAGGAGUUCCGGUCCUACGUUACCUACCUUAAGUACCUGGAGAUGCAGCAGAAACCGUUGGCCUACCUCGAGCAAGCCACCCUCACGAGCUUCCAGGACUGGCUUCAAUCGCCUUUGCAGCCGCUGUCCGAUAAUCUCGAAUCAGCAACAUACGAGGUCUUUGAGGGUGAUCCAGUCAAGUACAACCAGUACGAGGCCGCCUGCACGGAGGCUCUGGCCGAGUGGCAUCAACUUGGAAGAGCCACCUCCUCAGGCAAUAAUGCCGUUGUCAUCGCAGUGGUGGGUUCAGGACGUGGGCCCCUGGUCACGAGAGCCCUCAGAGCCAGUGAGGCAACUGGCGUUCCUGUCCAGGUCUGGGCUGUUGAGAAGAACCCCAACGCCUAUGUCUAUCUUCUCCGACAGAAUGAGAUGAUCUGGGGAGGCAAGGUGACGGUUGUCAAGACGGACAUGCGCGCCUGGAAGGGGCCUCUUAUCUCUGGCUCCCCAGACGACAACCCCGUGUACGGAAAGGUCGACAUCCUUGUUUCCGAGCUUCUCGGUUCCUUCGCCGACAACGAGCUUUCCCCCGAGUGCUUGGAUGGCGUUCAACACGUUCUGGCCCCCCACGGCAUCUCCAUCCCGGAGUCGUACACGGCGCACAUGAGCCCCAUCGCGACGCCUCGCAUCCACGCCGACCUGCUUACGAGGCUACCCACUGAGCCCAACGCCUUCGACACCCCCUGGGUGGUACGUCUUUUCGCGAUCGACUUUGCCGCACAGCGCGUACCGGAUCACCCUCGCUUCCAGCAGGCGUGGGAGUUUACUCACCCCGUCCCGGAGGCCACUCUCAAGCAAAUCGAGACGCGUCGCGCCGGAGGUGUUAUGGGCGGUGGAGGCGGCAGCAUGGCCGGUGCCGUCGGCGCCAACGACCACAACUCGCGUUUCUGCCACCUGACAUUUGUCUGUCGCACCAGGGGUGUCAUCCACGGCCUCGCCGGUUACUUUGAGUCGGUUCUCUACGCGCCCCAGACGGGAUACAAGGAAAAGGUGGAGAUCAGCACGCACCCAGAGCUCAUCGACCGCAAGAGCAGAGAUAUGAUCUCGUGGUUCCCUAUCUUCUUCCCCAUUAAGCAACCCAUCUACUUCCCGGCCGAUACGGAGCUGGAAGUUACGAUGUGGCGGCAAACGGACGACUCCAGGGUGUGGUACGAAUGGCUCAUCGAGGCGUACACCUGGGUCAGCGAGACACAGCGUAUCAAGGUGGCGUCAUCGGAUCUGUGCAGCAGUCGCAAGGUUGCUUGUCUUAUGUAG